AUGGCGGACCGGCGGCGAAGGAGGCGGCGCGCGUCCCAGGACAGCGAGGACGACGACGAGUCCGGCACGGGUUCCGACAGCGGGAGGUCCGGGUCCCCGUCUGCGAAGGGCCGAGGGCGGGAGCCCGACCCGGCCGAGGCGACAGCGACCCGGGCCGAGGCGAAGAGCGACGUGGAGUCCGAGUGUGAGAGUGAAGACGAGGUUGGAGAAGCCGUCCUCUCUGAUUACGACAGCGCCGACCCCGAGGAAAACGGCUCCCAUUCAGAGGGAGUGGAAGAGGAAGAGGAAGCGGAGCACUACAGUGAAGAGGAAGUUCCAGCAGCAGCCAGCGAGCCCAAACCCUCCACUGCAGACAGCCCCGCGCAGGGAGAGGAGGAGCGGGGAGAUGCUGAGGAGGAAGAGGAGGCUGGAGGGCAGAGUAAAGAGGAGAGCAAAGCAGAGGAGAAAGGAAACUUAGCCGGAGAGCGACAGAGUGGAGACGGACAGGAGUCGACGGACGACCCGGAGACGAAGGUGGGAGGAAAACCGGGGCAGCAGCUCGACGAUGACGAGGACAGAAAGAACCCGGCCUAUAUCCCGAGGAAGGGUCUGUUCUUCGAGCACGACGUCCGAGGGCACGCUCAGGAGGAGGAGAGGCCUAAAGGCAGAAACAGGAAGCUGUGGAAGGACGAGGGCCGCUGGGAGCACGACAAGUUCAGGGAGGAGGAGCAGGCGCCGAAGAGCCGCGAGGAGCUCAUCGCCAUCUACGGUUACGACAUCCGAAACGGCAGCGGCUCCGGAGACCGCGGGUACAGACAGCGGAGGCCCAGACCGACUUCGUCUCCCAGCAGAGACAAACGGUGGAGAGAUGGAGGAGGAGAACGGCCCGUCCGGUCCUGGCAGGGCAGAGGAGGCGCUCUGAACCGAGGAGGAGCUCCCCCACCUUCAUCUGUCCACCCCUCUUCUUCAACCCCGUCCUCUGCACAGCGAAGCGGCAUCCAGUCCAGGGCACCGCCUUCCCGUAGCAGACCACCCCAGAGUAACAUGCAUCCCCCGCCUCAGUCACACUACAGGAACAAUGAAUCAAACGCACCCCUGAUGCACCCCAGAGAGCGGCCUGGUACUCGAGCACAGGUGGAGCCUGCAGGAGAAAAGGGUGUGGUCAACAGAGGAGGCCGUGGCGGAGGAGGAAGAGGAGGGCCCUCUGUGGUCAUUGAGGACAUUACAGUCAGCCAGGGAGGGGCUGCAGAGCAGGAAGUGGGCGUUGGCGCCGCAAUGCCGGCAGCGUCACCGCAGCCUGGUAGUUACCAGUCUGCUUCACCGAGGCGUCAGCAAGAGCAGCGAGGUGGCACCGACAGAUCUGCGUCUGGAUUGGCCGCUUCCUCCUCCAGCUCUGACCCCUCCCUUCAGUCAUCUGCAGCAGCGACCAAUCGGGAAGCCUCUCCUCCUGCCGAGCGGCCAGUGGAGCGCAAGUCUUACUCGCUGGCUCGUAGGACUCGCUCUCGUCCCACAGACAUGGGCAGUAAACAGGCAUCUGUGGAGGAGUCUGCUGCCGGGGGCAACGCCUCUUCCCCCAGCAACGCGGGGGGGAAGAAUUGGUCGGGAGGAGGCGACGCGCCGAGCCAGGUGGGAGGAGGACUGGCGGAGCUGGACCAGGACGUGGCUCGACUCAGUCUGGCCGGACAGAGCUGGAGUCAGAGCCCGACGUCAUACAUGCGGUCUGAGAUGAGAGGCCUUCCAAACCCCAUGCACAUCCCCAGCGGCCCACCACAGUUCUCCGGGAUGGAGGAGAUGGGCGUCGGCACCAACCGGGCCAAACGCUACUCCUCCCAGCGACAGAGAGCCGUGCCUGAGCCAGCGCCGCCCAUGCACCUGGGAGUGAUGGAGGGGCACUUCUACGAGCCCAUGUCGUACCAGGGACCAAUCUAUGCUCACGGGGAUAGCCCCGCCCCCAUGCCGCCGCAGGGCAUGCUGGUGCAGCCUGAGAUGCACAUCCCGCAUCCCGGAAUCCAUCCCCACCAAUCAGGAGGGCCCAUUGCUAACCCCGCCCUCUACGGAGGCCCACCUGUGUCUUUGUCGCCAGGACAACCACAGCAACUGCUGCCACCGCCUUUCUACCCUCCACCAGGGGUCAUGACCUUCCCCUACCCCACCAUGUACCCAAACCCACAGGGUCAGUCCCAGGUGACCUACGGAGGCGUGACGUACUACGACACGAUGCAGCAGCAGGCUCAGCCCAAGCCUUCGCCCCCCCGCCGCACGUCCCAGCCCGUCACCGUUAAGCCCCCCCCUCCAGAGGUGCCCUUUGCCUCAGAGUGACUCCGCCCCUCACCCCUCCCCGCCACCCAGUCUCAGCCUCACUCUGGUCCAAAAACUACAGGAGCAGGGUGGGCGGGGCGGUGAGGAGCUGCGGUCCAAAAUCAACCACCAUCAUAAAGGAGGGAGGGCGGGACGGAUGGAGAUGGACUCCUCCCACAGCAUCACUGGUGGAUUCAGACUUUACUCCCCCCCACCCUUUUCUGUUCUUGUUUUUCUGUUUACCCCCUGUAGCAGUCAGGCAGGUCGGCAGUUCGAUGCCGCAUCUUUGAGCAAAGCGCCGCCUGCAGGACUGACGAGUUCCAACCCUGUAGAUGAGUUUGAGGUCACGAGGAGUCGACCUCAGAGCUGUCGGUGCUUUCAGAGAAGAGCAGUCCACAAAGAGUAUUUUUAUUUGUUUUUCAUGUUUUCUGUCGGACUGCAAACGGUUAAUGGUUCUCUGUGCGUCAGUUUGAUUCCUGCAGGAGGUUAACGUGUCAUCAUCCACCUGUCGCAGUUAGAGAGUUUGAAUGCAGCUCAGCUUAUUUUGGCCUCUGCUCAGUGCUCAUUCCUCUAACUUUCACUUUAAAUGUGUAAUCAGCAGAUAUAAAUGUAAUAAAUGGUUAAUAACACUUUAUAAAGGCGCUAAAAGAUGCUGUAUUAACAGCUGUAACUGCUCCAGUGGACGCUCAGCAGUGCAGGCAGGUAAUAAAGGACUGUGCAGAUUACACAGCUCAUAAAUGAUAAAGACACCUGUGGUUUAGUGUCAUCACGUCUGGCCUCCUGAGCGUCCAUGUGUCACUUCCUGUUCCGGUGAGCGGGCGUGAUGGGGAAGUUGCAGAGAAGCUGCUGCAGGGUGGAGGCGUUUAAUGUUGCUGUACAUACAGAUCUACAUGUGUAUAUAGGAGCUACAGAGUAGUAAACGUAUUCUAAUAAAACUACUAGAGCAGCUUCUGGAGACGAGUGUUCGGCAGGGAGCUCAAACGUUAAGGGUGGGCAGUCAGAGCGGCUGCACGCCUUUAGUUUCCGUUUUCUGUUUCAGUUUUUUAUUCUCAGUCUGUGCAGGAGUGCCGCCUCCCUGCUCAUGUCUUUGUUUUUCUGCACACAGGAAGCUCGAACUCAAACUUUAUCAAAGCUUCUGUUGGUUUCUCCUGUUGUGGUUUCACAUUAAAGUGUUUCUCCUCUACAUCCAA